UUGCUCGGGGAGGAAGGGCGGGGCCGGCGGCGGGUGGCAGGCAGGCGUGUCAUCGCGUCGUUACACUGCGGAGCAUGGGAGCCGUGUAGGGCGCCCCCUCCCCUCCACAAUAACAAAUCACAGCGGCCUGUCCGCAUCCCUCCUCGCCCGCUCGGUAAGGCCCGCCAGGCGGCGGCGGACAGCAUCCUCACAGGCAGCGGCGGCGGUUACCGGAGCGGAGAGCCAUGUCUCGCCCCGUGCUGCAGCCCAGUCAGCAGAAGCUGGCGGAGAAACUCACCAUCCUCAACGACAGGGGCAUCGGCAUGCUCACCCGCCUCUACAACAUCAAGAAGCAAGGACAAGUUUGGAAGGCAUGUGGCGAUCCCAAAGCAAAGCCAUCGUAUCUGAUUGACAAGAACCUUGAAUCUGCUGUUAAAUUUAUUGUUCGAAAGUUUCCAGCAGUCGAAACCCGAAAUAACAAUCAACAGCUUGCACAACUUCAAAAAGAAAAAUCUGAAAUUCUGAAAAACCUGGCUUUGUAUUACUUCACAUUUGUGGAUGUUAUGGAAUUUAAGGAUCAUGUUUGUGAGCUGCUAAACACAAUCGAUGUAUGCCAGGUUUUCUUUGAUAUUACUGUCAACUUUGACUUGACAAAGAAUUACCUAGAUUUGAUUAUAACGUACACUACACUGAUGAUUAUGCUUUCACGGAUCGAAGAGCGAAAAGCAAUUAUAGGCCUCUACAACUACUCUCAUGAAAUGACUCAUGGAGCAAGUGAUCGAGAGUAUCCUCGACUUGGACAAAUGAUAGUUGACUAUGAAAACCCUUUAAAGAAGAUGAUGGAAGAAUUUGUCCCUCAUAGUAAAUCUUUGUCAGAUGCACUCAUUUCUUUGCAAAUGGUCUAUCCUCGAAGAAACCUUUCAGCAGAUCAGUGGAGAAAUGCUCAGCUUUUAAGUCUCAUCAGUGCUCCAAGCACAAUGCUAAACCCUGCACAAUCAGACACAAUGCCAUGUGAGUACCUGUCACUGGAUGCAAUGGAAAAGUGGAUCAUUUUUGGAUUCAUUUUGUGUCAUGGAAUUCUAAACUCGGAUGCCACUGCUUUGAAUCUUUGGAAACUUGCCCUGCAGAGCAGCUCAUGCCUUUCUCUUUACAGAGAUGAAGUUUUCCAUAUCCACAAGGCAGCGGAAGACCUGUUUGUCAACAUUAGAGGUUACAACAAACGAAUAAAUGACAUCAGAGAAUGCAAAGAGACGGCAGUGUCCCAUGCGGGUGCAACACACAGGGAACGGCGCAAGUUCUUAAGAUCUGCACUGAAGGAACUUGCAACUGUCCUUUCUGAUCAGCCUGGAUUACUGGGACCAAAGGCUCUUUUCGUGUUCAUGGCAUUAUCGUUUGCCCGCGAUGAAAUUAUUUGGUUGCUCCGUCACGCUGAUAACAUCCCAAAAAAGGUUGCGGAUGAUUUCAUGGAUAAGCACAUUGCAGAACUUAUAUUUUACAUGGAAGAACUACGAGCACAUGUACGAAAAUACGGACCAGUGAUGCAGAGAUACUAUGUACAGUAUUUGUCUGGCUUUGAUGCAGUAGUUCUGAAUGAACUUGUUCAGAAUCUCUCUGUCUGCCCAGAAGAUGAGUCUAUCAUCAUGUCCUCUUUUGUGAACACUAUGACCUCUCUGAGCGUAAAACAGGUGGAAGAUGGUGAGGUUUUUGACUUCAGAGGAAUGAGAUUGGAUUGGUUUCGGUUGCAGGCCUAUACCAGUGUUUCCAAAGCUUCACUGAGUCUAGCUGACCAUAGGGAACUUGGGAAGAUGAUGAACACUAUAAUAUUCCAUACUAAAAUGGUGGAUUCCUUAGUGGAAAUGCUAGUGGAAACGUCAGAUCUCUCGAUUUUCUGCUUUUACAGUCGAGCAUUUGAGAAGAUGUUUCAACAGUGUUUGGAGCUGCCUUCCCAGUCAAGAUACUCAAUCUCAUUCCCACUAAUUUGCACUCAUUUUAUGAGCUGCACUCAUGAGCUUUGUCCCGAGGAGCGACAUCACAUUGGAGAUCGAAGUCUCUCGCUAUGUAAUAUGUUUUUAGAUGAAAUGGCAAAACAAGCUCGAAAUCUUAUCACAGAUAUCUGCACGGAACAGUGUACACUUAGUGACCAGUUGUUGCCGAAGCACUGUGCCAAAACGAUCAGUCAAGCUGUUAAUAAAAAGUCAAAAAAGCAGACUGGAAAGAAGGGAGAACCUGAGCGGGAAAAGCCUGGAGUGGAGAGCAUGAGAAAGAAUAGGCUUGUGGUAACAAACUUGGAUAAAUUGCACACUGCACUUUCAGAGCUCUGUUUCUCAAUCAACUAUGCACCAAAUAUGGUGGUUUGGGAGCACACAUUUACCCCGAGGGAGUAUUUGACCUCGCACUUGGAAAUCCGUUUUACCAAGUCCAUUGUUGGCAUGACCAUGUACAAUCAAGCCACACAAGAGAUUGCAAAACCCUCAGAGCUAUUAACGAGUGUAAGAGCCUACAUGACUGUACUCCAGUCAAUAGAAAACUAUGUGCAGAUUGACAUUACGAGGGUUUUCAACAAUGUUCUGCUUCAGCAAACUCAGCAUUUGGACAGCCAUGGAGAGCCAACAAUCACCAGUUUAUACACUAAUUGGUAUUUGGAAACACUACUAAGGCAAGUUAGCAAUGGCCAUAUAGCUUAUUUCCCAGCAAUGAAAGCCUUUGUUAACCUACCCACAGAGAACGAACUAACAUUUAAUGCUGAGGAAUAUUCUGACAUAUCUGAGAUGAGAGCACUUUCAGAGCUCCUGGGACCAUAUGGCAUGAAGUUUCUUAGUGAAAGUCUCAUGUGGCAUAUUUCUUCCCAAGUGGCUGAACUAAAGAAACUGGUGGUGGAAAAUGUUGAGGUUUUAACGCAAAUGAGGACGAGUUUCGAUAAACCAGAGCAGAUGGCGGCACUUUUCAAAAGACUGUCGUCUGUUGACAGCGUCUUAAAGCGGAUGACUAUAAUUGGAGUUAUUUUGUCAUUUCGCUCGCUUGCACAAGAAUCCCUAAGAGAUGUCUUAUCUUACCACAUUCCUUUUCUUGUAAGUUCUGUUGAAGACUUCAAAGAUCACAUUCCAAGGGAGACUGACAUGAAGGUUGCAAUGAAUGUGUAUGAACUGUCAUCUGCAGCUGGAUUGCCAUGUGAAAUAGACCCUGCCUUAGUUGUGGCAUUGUCAUCUCAAAAAUCAGAAACAAUCAGUCCUGAAGAAGAAUACAAAAUUGCCUGCCUUCUGAUGGUGUUCGUGGCAGUUUCUCUGCCAACUCUGGCCAGCAAUGUGAUGUCACAGUACAGUCCUGCAAUUGAAGGUCAUUGCAACAACAUUCAUUGCCUGGCAAAAGCGAUCAACCAGAUUGCUGCAGCGCUGUUCACAAUUCACAAAGGGAGCAUUGAAGAUCGUCUUAAAGAAUUCUUGGCUCUUGCAUCAUCUAGCUUACUGAAAAUUGGCCAAGAGACCGAUAAAACUACUACACGGAACAGAGAAUCUGUUUAUUUGCUGCUAGACAUGAUCGUGCAAGAGUCACCAUUCCUGACUAUGGAUUUGCUAGAAUCCUGCUUUCCUUACGUCUUACUGAGAAACGCAUACCAUGCCGUUUACAAACAAAGUGUCGCAUCGUCUGCAUAAAUAUUUGCAUUGUGAAUAACCUGGCACAAGUUUUAUGCUGCCUCUUGUUUUACUUGGAAACUGUGCAAAAGAAAAAAAAAUACGGUUUUGUGACUUAAGCGCCUCCCCUAUUCCAUUGUCUUUUUUUUGACCAGUGGUUUCUUUAUGCAGUUGUUCUACCAGAUAAGCUUUGUUGAUUGCACUUCAGUAAAAAAAGUAUUAAAAAAAAACAAACAAAAAACUAAAAAUAAAGUUUCUGAACGGUUACAUUCUAAAUCAAGAAAAUGGGAGGAGGGGAGAACAAAAACACACUACUUUGGAUCUGUUUUUGAUAUUUGAUCAUGCAAAAUAUUAUUGCUUGUUUAUUUCAAAGAAAUGUAUUUAGUGAUUAUUUUAGAUGGUGGUAUAGGUGACAUCUGUGUGUAAAUUAUUUCAUAUAGGGAGAGUUCAGAUCUGUACCUUUUAUGUUCUUAUUGAUGAAAAUUUGAUCUGUGAUUUCUGUGGUGUAUUUGCAUCAUUUAUAUAUGUUCUUCUGGGUUGUUGUUGUUUCGUUUUUUCUUUUUCUUUUUUCUUUUUUGAUUUUUCUUCUCUAAGCAUCCUCCAAAUGAGAUUACAAUAGAAAAUGAAAACUGACGUGUCACAAAAUCAUUGGACUUUUCUUUAUUCAAAAAAGCAGGAUCUCUCCCCCCUGAUAUUUUUAAGCAGCAGCACAUGUUGUUUGUAAAAAGCAUAGUAUAAUUUUUUUUUUUUAAACUAAAUUUCCAUGAUGCUCUCUUGGCAUUAACACUACCAUUGUACCCUAAUAUAUGGUAUGAUAAAAAGAAACAUUCAUAUGCAUUUAUCAAUUGUUAAUACAUUGUUUUCCCUUAACCACUUUUAUAUGUUUUAACUUUUUGAAAUUCAAGUGUAACGUCCAUAACAUACAACAAUAAACACUAGACUGUAUCAAAUACAAUGUUCUCACAGAGUAUAAAUCGAUAGACCUGACUUAAUGAGCAGAGAUUAAAAUGUUUAUUAUGGAAACUA